AUGCCUAAAAGCAGUUCGAAUGCUACUAUUGGCCAGUAUGAGCAUGACGGUAUUGGCAGAAAGAGAUCAUUGGUGAGACCAGAAAGAUCAAGAAUCGACCCGGAUCACCCUCAAUAUCAUUAUACACAGGUUGCUGCUCAGCAGGCUGGUCGCAUCCAGGUGCAGGCCGCUCCGUCCGGUGCUGACCCCGCUGUUUAUGAACACCCUCAUACAAGAGACAUUCCUAUGACCGAUCUUAGUCGUUCACAGAGUCCAAAUGAAAAACAGGAAUACGAUGCUGAUGGCGGUGAUGUGUAUGUUGACGCUAAAGGUGGUCGUAAUGUUUAUGGUUUGAACGAUGAAAAUGGCGGCGAGGAUAAUUACGAAGAUAAUCCAUAUGAGAAUGGAAACAAAUCUUAUGACGAUACAAAUCCAUACGGUGUUAAAAAUGAUAUGGACCAUUACGGCCCAUCGAAUCUUAAUGACAAUGAUACCGACCAGGUCGAGCCUUUGAAUGCCGAUGAUGGUCCUGGUAGUGGUAAAGGUGGAGCCCGUGAAAUGUCGAGAAAAAUGUCAGAGAAAAAAGCUGCUAAUAAACCUUUGCCAGGUGCAAAAAAACCUACCUCGUUCUGGCAUGCUUACUGUAAAAUUGUCACAUUCUGGGCCCCUGCUCCUGUUCUCAAACUUUUUGGUAUGCGCACUAAAGACCGUCAAAUGGCCUGGAGAGAAAAAAUGGGUCUUAUCACUGUCAUCAUGUAUGUAGCAGCUUUUGUUGCCUACUUGACUUUUGGUUUCACUACUACUGUUUGUAACAACAAUCUUGUUCGUCUUCGAAACAACGAGGUCAAUCAAGGAUAUCUUAUUAUCAAUGGUCGCGCUUAUGAAAUGGAGACUUUUAAACACCCUGAAGCUGUAGGUAUUCCAAAGGAUACGAAUAUCCUGUAUCCUCCAGUCAAUGCUGCUGGUCAGGAUGCUUCAUUUUUGUUCCAAAAUGUCAAUGGUAACUGUCGAGGUUUGAUUACUCCAAAGGCUGAUAGUAAGAUUCCUCAUGAUAACAAGGGUAAUGUUGCUUGGUACUUUCCUUGUCAAACUUUUAGCCAGAACGGUACUACUCAACCAAAUUUCACUUUCCCUCAUUAUAAUGGAUAUGCCUGUCAUACAUCGGGUAAGGCUCGUCAAGAGUAUUUUGGUUUGAAAGCUGCUGCUGAGGUUUAUUUCACUUGGGACGAUAUCAAGAACUCUACUAGAAAACUCGUUGUCUACAAUGGAGCUGUCUUGGACUUGUCGUUGCUGAAUUUUAUUGACAAGUCAAACUUGAACUACCCAUCGGAAUUCACAAUGCUUCAAAAGGACUCGACUAUUAUGGGCGCUGAUAUCACCCAGCUCAUGUCCCACGGACGAGACGGCCAAAUCGCUAAAUGUUUAUCUGAGGUCAUCAAAGUAGGUUACAUUGACACCGAGAAUAUCGGUUGUAUUGCGUCUCAGGUCGUGUUGUAUGUGUCAUUAGUGUUCAUUAUCGGUCUGGUCGGUAUUAAGUUCUUGUUUGCUUGUUACUUCAAGUGGUUUAUUUCUGGACGUCAAGGUGCUUUCUAUAUGGACAGAAAACAAUUGGAAAAGCAUAACCAGGAGAUUGAGGAUUGGUCAAAUAAUAUUUACUCUCAGGGUCCUAUUAAGAAAGCCCCUGCUCCUCCUCGUCGUAAAGACCGCAAUUCCAAAUUCUUAAAGGGCAACGAUAAAGCUAUCAACCGUCAAAGUGUUACCAUGAUGUCUCAAAUCCCCGUCACUUCUACUUCAAAGCUCGUUCCUGGAGGUUCCAUCUAUGGAAUGAACUUGGGUAAUAACGAUGCCUCGAGAAACUCUUUCUUGUUGAAUAACAAUGCCAGCAGUGAUGUUGUUGGUGACAACUCAUUUUUGCAGGGUGAUACUUCGUACCGUGGAGCUGGUGGUCUCAUGUUGGAAGACUCAUACUCUGAUUAUCCUCCUAACGCAAUGCCUGCUGAGCAACAGAGUCAAGUUUACAGUGGUGGCCCUGGCUCUUACGACUACUUGGUUCCUCAACCACCAGUUGAUUUCCAACCUUUUGGUUUCCCACUUGCUCAUACUAUUUGUCUUGUCACUGCCUAUUCCGAGUCAAUUGACGGUCUUCGAACUACUUUGGACUCUAUUGCCACUACCGACUAUCCAAACUCUCACAAGCUCAUUUUGAUCAUUUGUGAUGGUAUCAUCAAGGGUUCUGGUAACGAUAUGUCUACCCCUGAAAUUGCCUUGUCCAUGAUGACCGAUUUUGCCGAGCCUAUGGACCAAGUCAAGCCUUAUUCCUAUGUGUCGGUUGUUAGUGGUGCCAAGCGUCACAAUAUGGCCAAGGUAUACUCUGGAUUUUACAAGUAUGAUGAUAGCACUGUUGACGUUGCCAAGCAGCAAAGAGUUCCUAUCAUGACAAUUGUCAAAUGUGGUACCCCUGCUGAAGAGGGAACUGCCAAGCCCGGUAACAGAGGUAAGCGUGACUCUCAAAUCAUCCUCAUGAGUUUCUUACAGAGGGUCAUGUUUGAUGAGCGUAUGACUGAGCUCGAGUUUGAGAUUUUCAAUGGUAUGUAUAAGAUCACUGGUAUAGCCCCCGACUUUUACGAGAUAGUGCUUAUGGUGGACGCUGAUACUAAGGUAUUCCCUGACUCCAUCACUCAUAUGGUUGCUCAAAUGGUCAAGGACCCUGAAGUCAUGGGUUUGUGUGGUGAGACAAAGAUUGCCAAUAAGACUGAGUCCUGGGUUAGUAUGAUUCAAGUGUUUGAAUAUUUCAUCUCCCACCACCAAGCCAAGGCCUUUGAGUCUGUGUUUGGCGGUGUUACUUGUUUGCCUGGAUGUUUCUGUAUGUACCGUAUCAAAGCCCCUAAAGGCGACGAUGGAUUCUGGAUCCCUAUUCUUGCCAACCCUGAUAUUGUCGAGCGUUAUGCUGAAAAUGUCGUCGACACCCUCCACAAAAAGAAUUUGUUGCUUCUUGGUGAAGAUCGUUUCUUGUCUACUCUAAUGUUGAGAACCUUCCCCAAAAGAAAACAGAUUUUCGUUCCCAAGGCCGCCUGUAAAACAAUUGUACCUGCUGAAUUUAAGGUUCUCCUGUCGCAAAGAAGAAGAUGGAUCAACUCUACUGUACACAAUUUGAUGGAGUUGGUGCUUGUCCGUGACUUGUGUGGUGUCUUCUGUAUCUCGAUGCAGUUUGUUGUUUUCGUUGAUUUGGUUUCUACUCUCGUUCUUCCUGCUGCUAUUACCUUUACUCUUUACGUUGUUAUUAUUGCCAUUGUAAGGAAGCCUACUCCUACCAUGUCUCUUAUUCUUUUGGCAUUGAUUUUGGGUCUUCCUGGAGUCUUGAUUGUAAUUACUGCUAGCAGACUUUCCUAUGUCUUGUGGAUGAUUAUCUAUUUGUUCUCUUUGCCCAUUUGGAAUUUUGUCCUGCCAAUGAAUGCUUACUGGAAGUUUGACGAUUUCAGUUGGGGUGAUACUCGUACCAUCGAAGGUGGUGAUAAGGGUGGCCAUGAUGAGACCUCUGGUGAGUUCGACUCUUCUCAAAUCAUCAUGAAGAGAUGGAGAGACUUCCAGCGCGAACGAAGCAGAAACAUCUAUCCACAGUCAUCUGGAUGGGGAGAGGGCACUGUUUCUAUGCUGUCAUCGUCAUCUUUGAAUGCACCCAUGUCACUGAAUUCACAUACCAUGGACCAUGCCUCACCAACGACGAGUAACUUGGGAUCUGAGUUUGUUCAAAGACCUGAGGAUAUGACUCAAUUUUGA